UUCGCCAGAAGGCAAGCAAUUCGGGAAUCUUGGGGCCGAGAAACGAAUGUAGGGAACCAGACAGUAGUGAGGGUCUUCCUGUUGGGCAAGACAACCCCAGAGGACAACCACCCUGACCUUUCGGACAUGCUUAAGUUCGAGAGUGAGAAACACCAGGACAUCCUCAUGUGGAACUAUAGAGACACAUUCUUCAACCUGUCCCUGAAGGAAGUGCUGUUUCUCAUGUGGGUGAGCACUUCCUGUCCAGACGCAGAGUUUGUCUUCAAGGGCGAUGACCACGUGUUUGUGAACACCCAUCACAUCCUUAAUUACUUGAAUAGCUUAUCUAAGAGCAAAGCCAAAGACUUGUUUAUAGGUGAUGUGAUCCACAAUGCUGGGCCUCAUUGGGAUAAGAAGCUGAAGUACUACAUCCCAGAAGUCUUCUACACCGGGGUCUACCCAACGUACGCCGGGGGCGGUGGAUUCCUGUACUCCGGCCCUCUGGCCUUGAGGCUGUACAAUGUAACUACUGACCGGGUCCAUCUCUACCCUAUUGAUGAUGUUUAUACUGAAAUGUGCCUUCAGAAACUGGGCCUUGUUCCAGAGAAGCACAAAGGCUUCAGGACAUUUGAUAUUGAA